AUGGAGAACUUCCCCCAGUCCGUCAGUAUCAACAUGCAGCCCUACGGCAGGAACUGGGCAGGUUCCCCAGCCACCGCCUUUGGCCCCACCGUCACCUCUUUUGUUCAGCCGGGGCCCGUCCCCAACACCCAGGACUUCGUGCUCUGGUCCUUCUUUAACAGCAUGUUCUGCAACCCCUUCUGCCUGGGCUUCAUCGCACUCGUCUUCUCCGUUAAGGCCCGCGACUGCAAGGUGCUGGGGGACCUGGAGGGUGCCCGGCGGCAUGGUGCCCGUGCCAAGGUGUUGAACAUCAUCUGCUCCGUGCUGCUGGUCCUCAUUGUGGUGGCCAUCAUCGUCGUCAUCAUCAUCGUGAUAUCCACCACCACCACCUGACUGCCGCAUGGCCACCGACCUGCUUGCUGCCAGCCCGGGGGGUGCUUCUCCUCUCCCCUCCUCUUCCUCCCAAAAUGUCCCCGUGUCCCUGCUUUGGGCGUCUGGCGCGCUGAGAAAGAGAGUGACACCCUGUCCCCUCGCUGCCUGCACCCCUGGGUGUCCCCAGCACAGCCACCGCAUGGAAGGGGAUGGGUGGGCCAGGCUGGGAUGCGGGGGACAGCCCCCCUUUCUUCUUCGUUUCUGUGCCUCAGCAGGGAUCUGCUGGGCUUCCCGGUGUUUAACCGAGCUGUGACGCCUGUAUAGGUUGCUGUUGCCACAAAUAAAGCUCGCCCUG